AAUGGAAAACGACCAGGGUGUUCUCGUUGACCUUUACGUCCCGCGCAAGUGCUCUGCCACUAACCGCCUGAUCGCUGCCAAGGACCACGCCGCCGUCCAGAUCAACAUCGCCGAUGUCGACCCCGAGACCGGUGUUAAGCUUGAGACCUUCAAGACCUACGCCAUCUCCGGCUACGUCCGCGCCCACGCCGAGUCCGACGACUCCCUCAACCGUCUGGCCACCCAGGACGGCUACCUGAAGAACGUCUGGAACUACCAGAAGUAA